CGCAGCCACAAGUUUAUAAGGCGGGGAGGGGAGAGAGAAGCGAGUCGGACACUUUGGGGCGUCGUAGUCACCAGGGCGACGUCCGUGCAAGAAUCCGUCUCGGAUCUCGUCUCGGAUCUCACACCCCCCUCCGACCUAAAGCCAUGGUGCUACAUGCGGGGUUCAAGGGCGCGGGCCAGGUGGAGGGGCUGCAGGUGUGGAGGGUGGAGAAGCUGAGUCCCGUGGCAGUGGCGCGCAACCAGUACGGCAACUUCUUCACGGGGGACGCCUACGUGGUGCUCAAGACGUUCUCCUUCGGCCCUGCGGUCAAACGAUACGAGCUGCACUUCUGGCUCGGUAGCGAGUGCUCUCAGGACGAGUCCGGCGCUGCUGCCCUGCUCGCCGUGCAGCUGGACGACUCCCUGGGGGGGCGGCCCGUGCAAUACCGCGAGGUGCAGGGACACGAGUCCAACUCGUUCCUCUCCUACUUCAAGGGCGGCAUCAAGUACAAGGCGGGCGGCGUGGCCUCGGGCUUCAAGCACGUGGAGCCCAACCUGGCGGACGUGAAGCGGCUGCUGCACGUGAAGGGGCGACGCACGGUGCGCGCCACCGAGGUGCCGUUCUCCUGGGCGAGCUUCAACCGGGGGGACUGCUUCAUCGUCGACCUGGGGGCGAACAUCUACCAGUGGUGCGGCUCGGGCUGCAACCGCUACGAGCGCGUCAAGGCGUCCGAGGUGGCGCGCGGCGUGCGGGACAACGAGCGGGGCGGGCGGGCGACGGUGCACGUGGUGGAGGAGGGCGGGGAGCCCGCACAGCUGCGUAACGUGCUGGGCCCCAAGCCUGAACUUCCACCCGGGACCCCUGAUGAUGUGGAAAUGGAUAUCUCGAACCGGAAAUCAGCCAAGCUUUACAAGAUCUCCGACGAGAGCGGCCGCAUGGAGGUGAAGGAGGUGGCGGCCGCGAGUCCCUUCCAGCAGUCGCUGCUCGACUCGAGAGACUGCUUCCUGCUCGACAACGGCUCUGCGGGGCAGAUCUUCGUGUGGAAGGGCAAGAGAGCCAACUCGAACGAGAGGCAGAAAGCGAUGAUGACCGCUGAGGAGUUCAUCAAGAAGAUGAGCUACUCGCCCAGCACAAAGGUGUCGGUGCUGCCCGAGACAGGGGAGACGCCGCUCUUCAAGCAGUUCUUCCUGAGCUGGAGGACCAAGGACGACGUCGUGACGCCCGGCAAGACGUACACCGUGGGCAGUGUCGCCCGCGUCCAGCAGGUGCCCUUCAACGCCUCCACCCUGCACUCCAACCCGGCCAUGGCCGCUCAGCACGGCAUGGUGGACGACGGCAAGGGAGAGGUUCAGGUGUGGCGCGUGGAGAGCUGUGGCCGGGUGAGCGUGGACCGCGCCAGCUACGGGCAGUUCUUCGGUGGCGACUCGUACAUCAUCCUCUACACGUGGUGCAGGGGACAGAUCCUCUACACCUGGCAGGGCAGCAAGUCGAGCAAGGACGAGAUCACGCACUCCGCCUUCCUGUCCGUGCAGCUCGACAACGAGCUGGGGGGACGGCCCAUGCAGGUGCGCGUGGUUCAGGGCUCCGAGCCCCCCCACCUGCUGAGCCUGUUCGGGGGCAAGCCCCUGGUGGUGCACGCGGGGGGCACCUCCCGCCAUGGGGGGCAGAGCCCCCAGGCCCCCACGCGCCUCUACCAAGUGCGCAGCUCCUCAGCGGGCGCCACCAGAGCCGUCGAGGUCCCCCUGAGCGCCGCGUCCCUCAACUCGAACGACGCCUUCGUGCUGCUGUCGCCCAAGAAGACGUUCAUCUGGGAGGGGAAGGGCGCUGAGCGCAGCGAGCUGGACGGGGCGACCUACGUGGCCCAGCUGCUGGGCCGCCGGACGCACGCCGACCUGGCCGAGGGGGAUGAGCCAGAUGAGUUCUGGUCGCUGCUGGGCGGCAGGAAGGACUACCAGAGCUCGCCGAGACUCAGCACCAACUACAACGACCACCCGCCCCGUCUCUUCGCCUGCUCCAACAAGACCGGCCGCUUCCAGGUGGAGGAGGUGGCGGGAGACUUCACUCAGGAUGACCUAGCCACCGAUGAUGUCAUGCUCUUAGACGUAUGGGACCAGCUUUUCCUCUGGAUCGGCGAGGACGCCAACGACGUGGAAAAGAAAGAAUCGCUCAAGUGUGCCACGUCGUACCUGGAGACGGACCCAUCGGGGCGGGGGAAGGGCACCCCCGUGGUGGUGGUGAAGCAGGGACACGAGCCCCCCACCUUCACCGGCUGGUUCCUCGCCUGGGACCCCACCAAGUGGGACUCGGACCCCUUCGAGGCGAUCAAGGCGUCGUUAAAGUAGGGCGGGGAUCUGAGGCGAGGCGCGUCCCUGACGCCCAGACGCCCGGCUAUCUCGUCCCGAGAGAGACGCCCUCCCUGGCUGUGUACCCUGGGGCGGUCCCGACAGCUGAGCCCGGAAGCUUUCGUUCGUGAGAAAAUAAACACUUUACAGUCGCGGUCAAACUAUAAACUGUGCUACUGCGUUCGGCAGUGGUGACCUCAGCACAAAUGACGUCCAUCAAUAACCCUGCCCUAAUGGGGUAAACGUUUAUAUAACAGGUCACGUUUGGGGCUAUGGGCCUUAAGCAUCGCAGCAAGAUCUGAAUGAAAUCUAAGACUUCCUUGCCAUUAAAAGGGGCCAGUGCUUGAAACGUUGCAUGUUUUUUUUUUAGGGCAUAGUCAUCGAGGAAUGUGAGAUUUUGUUAAAUGCAUAAUUGUGCUGUAAUUAGCAUUGCUACCGUUGUUACUGUAAAUUUUACAUUUUACAGCAAUACGAUGUUAAGAAUGCCCCAUACUCAGGAAGUCGGUGGCGCAAUGGUCAGCACAAUGCGGUGUGGACCCAUUGUGGUGAAGUAUGGUCAAACGACAAAAUGACCGACAGCAGAUUGUCAAAGGGCUGUACGUGCAUUGUUGUUUAUUCAGAAAAGUGUCGCUGAGUCUCAAGACCCUUUUUCAGCAGUCCUGCUGAUAUUGGGAUAUUUGACCAAAUCUAUGAAUUCGUGUUUUGUAUUACUCCGAGAGUCAAUGUUUAAUGCACUGUGGAGGAUUAAAUAUAACAAAUAUAA